GAACUGCAAGCCUUGGUGCAGCCGGUGGUGCCGUCCGGGGCUGCGCAGCCUGCGCGGGCGCCGCUGCUGGAGGAGACCAUUAGUGCGUCAGGAGUUGCCUGCAGGCGGGCUGAGAAGGCCUUGGGGCAGGUUGUCGCGAGGGAGGACGAGGCGAAGCUCUGGCUGGCGGAGUGCAGUCAGACCACGAGAGAGGCGGCGGUCCUGGCGGUGCAGGCCAAGUCCGAGUGGCAAGUGGAGCUCAAGGCGGAGUUGCAGAAGACCCGUGGAUCGUCGCCUGGCACGCCGUCGCCGAAGUCGGCCUCGGACAUCCCGACCGGGUCCCAAAUCAAUGUGUCGCAGGUGCUGGGUGAUGAGAGCGGCUUCGAAGCGGUGGAGAUCGAGGGCGGCGACCUGCUGGACCUCAGUGACCUCGAGGUGGGAGAUGAGGACAAGCGGAAGUGCUUCGCUCUCAAGGGCAUCAUCGCGGUCGAGAUCCAGGAGGCGAUGCUGCCAGGAAUCGGCCCCACCGCCUACAACAUCCAGCGGCUCAGGCCCGUGGCCCGCGACAUGCGCAAACGCCUCGCGGCCAAGCGAGCCCGCAAGGACGACCGCGAGGAGAGCCCGAAGGACGCCUCGGCCAGUGGAUCGCCACCACCCAAGGUGGCGGAGGCUCCUCCAGCGGCUCCUGCCGACGCUCCUGGUGCUGAGCUUGCAGUGCCUGAGACAGCAGGAGCCCCUGUCUCUGGGUCCGCUCCCAGCGGCCAGCUGCUGGAGGCAGCAGUCGAGGCGGCCAGAGCCAAGCUGGCCGAAGGUGAGCAUCAGCGCCUUAUGCCAGACGAGGCAGGUCGCCAGCUGGUGGGAAAUCAGCCGUUUGGGAUCCUGCCGCAAGAAGACCCCGACAAGAACAACAGGGAGUUUGUCCAAUCGGCGACCAAUUGGAGUACGCGCCGG